UCGAGAGCUCGUGGACGCUUCCUCUUGGUUGGAGAGCGUCUGCUUCCUGACCGGACUUUUUUCACCCCUCCUUUUUCUUGGGGGAAAUUUCAACUCGACUUUUGAAGGAACGAAACCACGCAUCCUCGGGGCCAAACCAUUUCGGACAGCUUUACGUGGGCAGUCCCGUGGCUGCGAACGAGAGGCCUAACUUGUCUAUUUGCCGCCGUUUGUCUGUGGGAGCGCUCGAGAGUCAGAGGCCGUAUCGAGGAGGCAUGCACGCUCUAAAAUAAACUGCUUUCCUACACCCCUCGUGCACUUUUGCGCCUAUGGCACUGGCUUGUCACCCUUAUACUCUUUAGUGCAGCUUUUGGAGGCAUGACAGGGUGUUGAAAUCUGCGGUUGAAAGAUCUUAGAAACUUCACUUACUAUUACAGUGGUUUGAGUGCUCGGUUGCAAUUUGAGGGAUUGCAUGUAAACAGAGGCACCUAGUUCUCUUUGAUAUUGAUAGAGGACAAAUAUGGCACCCAAAAGAAAGCCAGUCCCCUUGAUCAUAACCCCCACAGGAGAGGGGCAGUCCACCAACAUAGAUGCUGCAGCAGAAGCCAACCUGGAGGCCUUGCAGAGGAAGUUGGGGGAGCUGGAUUUGGACGAACAGCAAAGGAAGCGGCUCGAAGCUUUUCUCACCCAGAAAGCCCAGGUUGGCGAGCUUAAAGAUGAAGAUUUUGAACCCAUAUGUGAACUUGGCGCUGGUAAUGGUGGGGUGGUCCAUAAGGUCCGUCACAAGCCCUCAAGACUGGUCAUGGCCAGGAAGCUCAUUCAUUUGGAAAUCAAACCAGCCAUCAGGAACCAGAUUAUACGAGAACUGCAGGUUCUACAUGAGUGUAAUUCACCAUAUAUUGUAGGGUUUUACGGCGCCUUUUACAGCGAUGGAGAAAUCAGCAUUUGUAUGGAACAUAUGGAUGGAGGCUCCUUGGAUCAAGUGCUUAAGGAAGCCAGAAGAAUCCCUGAGGAAAUUCUUGGAAAAGUUAGCAUAGCUGUACUCCGAGGACUUGCAUAUCUUCGGGAGAAGCACCAAAUAAUGCACCGAGACGUUAAGCCCUCCAACAUCCUGGUGAACUCGCGUGGUGAGAUCAAACUGUGCGACUUUGGCGUGAGUGGCCAGCUCAUCGACUCCAUGGCCAAUUCCUUCGUUGGAACACGGUCGUACAUGUCGCCGGAGAGACUCCAGGGCACACACUAUUCGGUUCAGUCAGACGUGUGGAGCAUGGGCCUGUCGCUGGUUGAGCUGGCUAUUGGACGCUACCCCAUCCCCCCACCCGAUGCCAAAGAACUGGAGGCCAUAUUUGGCCGACCAGUACUGGACGCAGGUGGGGCAGAAGGCCACAGCAUGUCCCCGAGACCAAGGCCUCCAGGACGACCAGUCAGCGGACACGGAAUGGACAGUAGGCCAGCUAUGGCUAUAUUUGAGCUACUGGACUACAUAGUCAAUGAGCCGCCACCCAAGCUGCCCCAUGGCGUUUUUACCACUGACUUUGAGGAGUUUGUGACAAAAUGCCUCAUUAAGAACCCCGCUGACAGAGCUGACCUCAAGAUGCUAAUGGGCCACACAUUCAUCAAGCGGGCCGAGGUUGAGGAGGUGGAUUUUGCUGGAUGGAUGUGUAAAACCAUGGGCCUUCAUCAGCCCAGCACACCUACUCAUAGCGUCGAAUGAACGCUGGUUCACAGCAUAGCCACUCAUGUCAUUCUCAUCCUCCGCUCAACUUUGCUCCUCUCUUCUCUCACAGGCCUGUAUGCUUGUAAGCCUCCGUCACAACGCUGUGCGCUCUUUUGCCGUUCUUUGCUUGCUCUUCCCUUCUGCUGCUGUGAUUUCUGGGGCAUCGUUUUAUAAUGGAGCCCCUAGUGUUGGAACAUUUAGUCAUUUAAAUAAGGAGCUUUGAGUCACUGAAAUGACGUGGCUGUAUUUUUAAAGUCCAGAUUUUUCAGGAAUGUGUCCAAAAUGGGUCAUGAUCAGCUGGGUUUUUGUUCAUUUAAUAGCUAUUUCCUUAAUUUUAUGUUGAUGUCUAUUCAGGGUCGGUUUAUAAAUCCAUAAUAUUAUGCUUUGUUGCUGGAGUGCUAUUUAUUGGCAGGUAUCAUUACACUGUGUUAAACACAUAGCCUGGUUCAGUGGCGAACAUUGAAGAAUUAACUGCCAUUUGCAUUAGAAAAUAUUUAAAACCAAAGAGGGCUACUGUGGAUCAUACAAGUUUGUUAAAUUGAAAGGUGAUCUAAAUGUAUGAUGGCCAAAUCAAUAACAUCCCAGGUACCAUGUAUGAGUGUUCAUCUUUUGCAUUGCAGGUAGCAGUGCUAGUGCAUGGCCAUGUUAUCAUGUUAUCAUGCCAACCGAUGACUACGUUGUAAUUUUGCACAUGCUAGCAAAGUAAAGAAACUUAUAAUUAGAGUUCCUUGUGUCAGAUGCUCUUUAUCGCACUGUUUUUGUUUUUUAAGGGUGAAAAAUUGGAUCCUGAUCAUGUGUUUGAUUUAAAUUAUAUAUCUUCACAUUUUAAUUCCCUUAAGAUUGUAUCUCAAACAUGAAUUCAACGUCGUUCUAAUUUUUUGAUAUUCUUAGUUUUUUUAUGUUGUUGGUCUCAUCUUCAUAACGAACGGUUUCUUGCUUUUUUAACUUUAAAAUUGUCAUCAGAAAGGUAUAGUUGGGAAGAAUUAUUUAAAUUAUGCAUCAGUGUUUAGUUUUCUAAGAUAUGACUCCAGUACAACCAGGGUUGCACCUGACAUUAGUGAUUUCCCACAUCUAAGCUACACCAACCAAGUCCAGAACUCUGAGACUGAUCUUUAGUGGUAUGUAAAGUGCAAAGUAACAUCUCAGGCAGCCAUUUACAGUGCUAUGCAGAUCAAAUAAACCUCAGCAGAUUACUGACGUAUUAGUUGGUCUUAUAAAUACACGGGUGUUAAAGAUGGGCAUUGUGAAAUGUGGCUAAGCCCACUUGUUCUGGAUAGCUUGGUGUUUCUUAUUUUUCUCUCUCUAGUACUUUUCAGUAAAGUUGAGACUGUAUUACUCGCACACUGGCAUUCAGCUUCGAUGUGAAUGCAUCAUCACAUUUGUGUAUAAAAAUAUAUGUACAGUACACACGGUACUGUUUUUCAGUCUUAAGAAUAGCAUUUUAUGUUUUUUUGACUAGUGUAGAGAAGAGGAUAUAAGUCAUUUUAUUACCAUAUGGAAUGUGUUGAAUACAAUUCUAAUAUAAAAAUAAAACUUAUUUGUGAAUGA